AUGGACGACGACCGGAGACCACCCUCCCCGGAGCCCAGCGAGCGGUCAGCUUUCCCGGAUACUCCACGGUCUGCAGCGGGUCAGGCAGGCCUAGCCGGAGUAUAUCAGCUCAUGGCACAAGUGCUGCAACAGCAACAGAUGAUGCAGCUGGCCGCUAUGCCAUCAGCAGACUCCUGCUACGAGAGGUUCCGCCGACUGAACCCCCCAACCUUUGAGGGUGGGUCUGACCCCAUGGCGGCAGAAACAUGGAUCCGGGAGAUGGAGAAGAUGUUCCGAGCCCUCCACUUUCCUGAUGAGGUGACAGUCCGACUGGCGACCUCUAUGCUGACAGGAAACGCCGAAUACUGGUGGACGGUCAUGGAGACGGCUUAUGCCGUUGACAGACUCACCUGGAGGGACUUUAAGAGGCUGUUUUACAACCAAUAUUUUCCGGACUCAGUCCACCAGGCGAAACAGAAUGAAUUUUUGACGCUGACCUAG